UGUGGUCUAUGAUCUCUUUGUAUUUGACUUGGAUCUCUUCAGAAAGCGCACUGAUUGACUUAUGCACGCUCCUGAACUCAUCAGCUCCUCAUCCUUUUAUAAUUUACCUUCAGUCAGUACUUUGCACAGUGGCUGACAGGCUACUGAAGGCUUUUUAUUUGUGGUGUUUCACUGCAGACGUUAAUGAGCUUGCAGUUCGACAUGACAAGAGCAAUAGUGUUGCUAUUUGGAAUAUAAAUGAAUUGCCUGCCUGGCCACUUGCCAUUGGUUCUGCUACGUCGUUUGAUGAGGGUGGGGGUGCUUUAUUCCUCCCAAACUUGCAGCUAGUGAUGUGAGCUGUUCUUAGAACGCUCAGACUGAAUCAAAACAGUUGUUGAUGAUGCUUAGGGAGGCAGUGUCAGUACUCUGAAAAAGGACUUUCCCUGUUGUCUGGUACAUCUCAAGCAAAUGCUGGUUGCAGUAUUGUAGACCUUGCAGCCCACUUAUACCAGCGUACUUUCAAGCCAUCUUUGCAGAAGCUCUGUUAAAUUAUUUGACUGCUCAGGACAUGAUUGGUGUUAAUAGCAUCCAGGGGACCAGCAAGGUCCGGGUGAGAGGCACAGGUUCUGUAAAAUAUGCCCGGGAGCGUGAGGAAUCUAUGCGUCGUCAGGCUCACAGGUCCAAGUCACUGAAAAUUUCCAAUUCCACGGAGUUUACAACAGCACAUUCUAAAGAAAGCAAGACCUCCUACAAUUCAAUCAAAAAUGAAAAGCUGGAAUGGGCUAUAGAUGAGGAGGAGUUAAAAAAGUCCCUGUCCGAACUUGCUGAUGACAAGUCUGAAAGCACAGCAUCAAAGAACAGUAGUCGGAUUGGGAACAGCCGUAAUCCCUUCCAGGAUAUUCCCCGGGAUCCUAAUGCUGCAGUCUAUAAAACAGGUUUUCUUGCUCGCAAAAUUCAUGCUGACAUGGAUGGAAAGAAAACUCCUAGAGGAAAACGAGGAUGGAAACCCUUUUAUGCUAUUCUGAAGGGAAUGAUCCUUUACUUGCAAAAGGGUGAAUAUAAGCCAGAGAAAGCUCUGUCAGAUGAGGACCUGAAAAAUGCAAUCAGUGUCCAUCAUGCACUAGCAACAAAGGCAACUGACUAUGAGAAGAAGCCUAAUGUCUUGAAGCUUAAAACAGCAGACUGGAGAGUUUUCCUCUUCCAAGCCCAAAGCCCAGAGGAAAUGGAAUCUUGGAUAAACAAAAUCAACACCGUAGCGGCUACAUUUUCUGCACCUCCAUUCCCAGCAGCCAUUGGAUCACAAAAGAAGUUCAGUAGACCUCUCCUGCCUGCUACUACAACUAAAAUGUCCCAGGAUGAACAGAUGAAGUCACAUGAAGCAAAGCUGAAACAGAUUACAACAGAGCUGACUGAACAUCGCUCUUACCCUCCUGAUAAGAGAGUCAGAGCUCGAGAGAUUGAAGAAUACAGACUAAAAGAUCAUUAUCUGGAGUUUGAGAAAACUCGCUAUGAGACAUAUGUGAAACUCCUUAAGGAGGGAGGACUAGAAGUUCAGAGCAAUAAUGAGAAUGACAUCAGUGGGAUGAAGAAAUCUCAUUCCAGCCCAUCACUCAACCAGGAGUCAUCCCCUGUAACAGCCAAGAUCAAGCGCAAUAUCUCUGAAAGAAAGGACUACCGGCCAGAAACACCAAGCAUGAAACAGAAUAUUACUUAGAACAAACAAUACAGAUACAUAUAGUCAGCAAGCUUUUUUUUUCUACCAUUUAUUUGUUGUUAUCAAGAACAGGUGAAACAAAAAGGUAUUAUCUGUGAAGGACUGGUGCUGUAGCAGCAUUCUACAAUGUAAAUUUUUGUUCCAUACUGUAAAAUAAAUUGUUGUAGAUUUUGCUUUCCACUUUGUACUUUUAAACAAAGAUGGUGCAAUUUGUGCUAACCUAUUUCUAUAUAUUUUUUUUCAGAAAAUCUUGUUCUAUUACAGAGUACUUUUGGUGGGUAUGUUCUUUCAUGUAUAUCAACACGGAUAAGUAGCAGAGUAAUUGGUACUGGUUUCUGCAGUUUACAUGACUGUACAUUAAAUGCUAACAUCAUUUGGUAAACUCAUACUUCAGUAACAUAUAUGCAUUUGUUUUGGGGUGGGUCACACAUUUCAAGAAACCCAUGGCUACCCUUGCACCACUUCAGAAAAUAUGCUGUAUGUUUUAUUUUUCUUUUAUUGUAUUUAUUUUUCUUCAGGCUUCCUUUUCAGAAAGGUUCAGCUGUUGUAGGAGAUAUUUUAUAGUGAUGCACAGAUGUUAGACAAGUUUGUAACACUUGCAGAUAGACUUUGACAAGUAAGUCUCUGCAUUAUUGUAAUGAGAAACAAAUUGACAAUCUGUAUCAUACAGCAUACCUGACAGGCAUGGAAAAUGUUGAUGGAUGAUGAGGCCAUUUUCUGUUAUAUGAAGGACUGUUCAUGAAUAUUGUGUCUGAAUUGACUAGGUGCAGAUGAUUUGCUUUAUUUCUUCAGUAAUGAGUUCAUGAUUUUUCAUGUUUAGGUCAUUUCACAAACAUUUUCUCUGACUGGGCAUUUAGUAUAUUUCAUCUUUUUACUGUUAGUUUUAAAUUGUUAGUAAGUCUAUAGGUACUUGUUGCCAGGAUAGGAAAGGUACGCUGGACCAGGGCAUGUUAACUGUAGCAGAAAGUCAUAUACAUUUUUUAAAGCUAUAGAUUUCUUUGUGUGUUUGUGUUGCUAUUGUUUUGUGAGGUCAUUCCUUUUGGGGCUGAAAAAACCUGUGCUGAUGUUGCAUGUCAGCAGGCCAUUAACAAAUUUGAGUUAAUCUGGAUUGUGUGACCCUAGAAACCCAGAAACUGAAAAAUGGUAUCUAAUACAGUCUGAACAUCACAAGUUUAGUCCUGUGAUUCUUUAGAAAUUUUCAUGUGAAAAGUGAUACUUUACAGUCAGAAAAAAGGUACUCUGUCUAUGGCUAGUUCAUUUUGCACAUCUUUUACUUCCGACUUGCAGGUACAGAACUGAGCACCUUUUGGCCCAUCCAGUGUGUCCAAUUUCCCAGUGUGUUGAAAAUAUUUGAGUCCUACUUAAUCUGUUACUGCUGACAAAAAUGAUUGGACUUUGCAUUGCCAUGAUAUAACCAUGUAAGACCAGAUAAACUGAAUACAGAAACCUGGAGUUUCUAUCAGCAAAUGUAUAGGUUACUCAGCUUGUAACUUUUCUUGUAGUAGUAACCGUGUAGACCAUCAAAACUGAAUAUAGAAAUCUGCGUACUGAUCCAGUGGAAUUUCCAUCAGGCAGUGUUAUGGUUGCUCUGCCUGUAAUUUGUUAUUGUAAUAAAAAAUUAAAAAGAUGCUGCUAUUUGAAAUUAUAUAAGACCAGCCUUAAAGUAAGCCUAAAUGGGUAACAUUACAGAUAGUGUUUAGUGACAAAGUCUACAGUAAUAUGUGAAGGAUACUGCCCUAAGUUUUUAUUGUAAUGUUUGUUUUGUAAAAAAAAGUUUUUACAGGUAUUUGAAUGUCUGUAUAUUCUUUACAGAUACUGUAUUUUAAUUUUUCUACCUGCACUGUAGGUAUGCUCAGCAGUGAAGUGUAGGAACAGUUAUUGUGUAGCUGUUUGAGUAAAGCUGUUUACAUGAUGUAUAAAGAAAAUAUGUUCUUUUUCAGAUAAAAUCUCAAGUAUUUAUUCCAUUCUUUCCUAGGUUACUAAAUGCCAGUUUACAGUUUUAAGUUGUAAAUGUUUAUUUUAUUGUACAGACAGUACUUUUUCUUGUGAGUCGUUUCUCAGUAUGUUGUGUCAGAGUAGACUGGUAUGCCAUUAUUCACUAGUUUAGGGACUGGAAAUGCAUUAAUACAAUUGGUAUUUUGAUGUGUGUUCUGACAGAUUGCUGUUUUGGCCUUUCUCUUUUUGUCUAUCAGCCCAUUUACAUGUGGAAUGUGCCGUAUUUAUUAUUUACCUGUCAUACCUGGAGUUCGGUAGUGCUCUGUGUGUAUGAAAAGAUCACAGCUACCAGAAAAGAGCCAUUAAGUGUCCUGCAAUGAAAAUGAAUGUUACUGUCCAGUGACUCUACUAUUGUUGAAUGGCCACCACAGAGAACAGCAUAAUUUGCAAGUCAAGUGAAUGACUUGCUGUGAAAACAGGUGAUAAAGGUUCAACAAAUGGACUAGAAAGCUUAUUAUUCAACUGGAAAGUGAAGGUUUCAUUGCCCGCUACAGGAAAUGAUUGUAUCUGAAAUACUCUUUAAGCCAGUAAUGAGGUAAUAUAUACGUACAUAUCUAUAAAUUUGUAAAUAAUCUUAGGCUUUGUAAAAUUUUUCUUUGUCAAAGUGAGAUGUGUUUGAGCAAUAUGUGUGAUCAAGUGCAGCUCGUGGCCUUUAUGAUGAGUUUCUACUGCACAAAAUGUUUUCACUUUUCUCUGUUCUCCCUACCCAGUGGAGAUUGAUAUUUGAGUGUUUUCUUUGUGUUUUCUCCAUUGUAGUUCUAAGCUUACCUGUAAAUACUAGCAGAAACAUUUCUGUGUUUUAAGCAGCAGCAUUGGCUAAAUUCAGACAGCUGCAUUUCAUUGCAUUUGAAUGUGUUCUGUAUUUUCAUUGGAUGGCUGGCAGCAUAGCUUUGUACAGCACAGACGAUUUACAGUUAUGUACUGUUAGUGACAGAACCUGAUCAAUUUUGCAUUGCAUCUCAUUGCAUAACAUAUACAUUUUUUGUCACUUUUUAAGCCAAACAUUUGUUAAUACUUUUACAAAUUUCUGUACUUUGUUUUUAUAUACUGUUGCCUGCUGUUCCCAAUAGUUAAUCUCAAAACAUGAACACACAUCUUGUUCUUAUGUAACAUUGAUUAUAGUGCUUUGAUACUGGUGGGAGGGGAGACUAGGAGGUCCAAGAAAUGUUCAAAGGUUACUAGACAUUUAACUGAGAUGGUACAUUUUUCAUCACUUUUUGAAGCAUACUGUUUGUGUAUGUAAAAUUUAAUGUAGCAACUGAAGUGUUUUGUUUACACUGUAUUUUGUUGUUUAAAGUGCAAAACUGGUAUUACAGUGUACUCGCUCUCUGAAUAAUAAAAUAUUUGAAUGUAGCCAAGUGCAAUAUCAUGAAUAGUUUCAGUUAACCUAAAUUAGCAAACUUUUGCUUUAAAUAGUAGUAAUCCACAGAAAAGCAAUUUUCUGUAAUGCAUUUGACUAGGACAAAAAUAAUUGCAGUGCAAGGUAAAUGAAAAUAGUUUCAUGUAUGUGACCUCAGAAAUGAGAAUGCUGUGUCACUGCAGUGACUAUAAAUUGGUGCAUCCUCUAACCUUUGCAUCUCUAUGACCUGCUGCAUCAUGCAUCCCACUAAGACCUGUAACCGAGACCAUUAGGAAAAAAAUUAUGCUUUGUAUAGUCUGUGGUUCAACUGGAAUAUUAUAAUGACCUGGCAUAUUACUUUUUGCCUUUUGUAAUUAAUGCAUAAGUAAUGUCUGAAAUGAGUUAACUAUUGCAUAAGUAAUGUUUGAAGUUAAAGUGUAACAGAACGUGUAGGUAAGUAGCUGUGUCAGAGCCUACUUUACUCCUCUUCAGCUCUGACUAGAAAUUGUUUCAGCUGAUACUUCAUAAUACAGUGGCACCAUCCUCUCUCUCUCCAGUUUACCAUUUUCAGUAAAACUUUAGGCAUUUUAAAUAGCAGCAGUAGUUAGCUACAGGCUUUAUGUGAGGCUGAAGCCAGCCAGGCAUUGCAGAAUAGGAUGAAUCAAGUGAACAACCCUCAUACUGCAUCUUGCACUAAGUGUUUACCAUAGUCCUGUCUCCCCCUCCUGGCAUGGUGGCACUAUAUAUUAGUAGACUGGACAGGCUAUGAGAUGUCGCUGAACCACAUAUGUGUUCCUGGCCUAGAAGAGCAGCCAAACCUCCUCAGUCCUUCCACAUGCUCAUCCCACUGAUCUUUUUUGCGAUUCAUCCUCCCCAUGAUUUAAUUGAACGAUCCACCCAGCAUGCUCCUUCACCCCUGGAUUGGUACACCUAUUGUGCCCUAACUACUGCAUAAAACACCCGAACUGCUAAUCAAACUCAAGUAGCCUAGGCUGUAGUUGGGUCUUUAUCCCUUUACUCCAUCACUGUAGGUAAAAAUAAAUCUAUAAAUAAAGAAGUAAAACACUAAUUAAGGUUACAGUUCCAAAAUGACUGCAUAAUUAUGGCCAGAAAUACGUAAAUGGAUACUUUUUAUAAAAAGGCACUUAAAAGUCAGUGUAAGUAAUACCAUUUCAUGGCAGGUGGAAGGCAGUCAGACUAUAUUUGCAUGCUUCAAGAUGCACACAGCACGAGUUUGUCUUAAAUCACAUAUAUGGCUAUGCCUUAGUGUGUGAAGUACUCAGUACGGUUUAUGGCAUCUAAGAUAUUAAGAUAUUUGCUUAGCCUCUAUGAAAAUUUUCCCAUAUCUUUCUGUGAGUAAACACAGAACAGACUGCCCGUUCUAGCCUGUAAAUUCUACACCAAGUCAGAUGCUAAGAAGUAUUGUUUUAGUCAAGACUGUGCUUUUUUCAUAAAUGGGUAGGUGCUAUGUAGAUGCUUUUAUAUGGUAAUUGUAAAUAGAAGGCAGGUGUCAGAAAUAUUAGAGUUCUGUGACUGAGCACAUCUGUAGUCUUCUGUGUGUUAUAGUAAUGGGAUCAGAUAAUACUUCUGGUAAUAAAAGCACGGUAUGAUAUGAGAAUAAGUUAGUUUACAAGGGCUUUUGAGUGUCAGUGCUAAAAGGGGUAAUAUUUGCUGUAACUGUAGCCUGCUUUCCCCAGUGGCACUUUUGAAAUAACAAAGACAGUGACCUUCUUGGUAACACAUUUACAGAUGCUGUGAUAUAUGAACCUCUAAUGUGUAAAUGUCCUACACUAUAUGUAUUCCUUUUCUUUUUAUAGGGUGAGGAUAAUAUUUGUUGUAAAUGAAUGAUUUAAUUACAUUAAAUAUAAUUUUGCUGUAAUGGAAACCAUCAUAGUGACGGUUUUAAAAUAUGUAUGUAUAUGAAAUAUGUCUAAACUUUAAAGAAGAAUAAAUGAGAAAAAAAUGUUUCAUUUCA